GAGAGAAGCAUCAGUAAAGUGUCAUCUUUGGUGACCCUUAAUAACCCCCAACAAAGAAAUAAACAGUAAAAUAAUGGCUCGUAACUGUGUACUUAAAUGUCUCAAGGAACUUCGCUCACCUAUUGUAUUACCUCACAAUCAAACCUGUCUUAUAGGAAGAUCAAAAGAAACCAGGAUAAAGUCAAAACGUUGUUCCAAGCAUCAAGUUGAGGUGCUUGCAAAUUAUACUACGUACACUGUCACUGUACGACAGAUUGGACCCAAUGUGACUGGUGUUAAUGGUAAAGCACUUCUUUUUGGCAGUACAACUAAUUUGAAACACAAAGAUAUUCUUGAAGUUCUGCUAGGUGAAUACCAUUACCAAGUAGAGUUUGACCCUCCUCCAGACAUUACACCUGAAAAGAAAAAUUGUACAACUGAUCUGGAAACACCACUUGGAGAAGUUGGAAUUGAGAUGUAUCUACGAAAAAAGAAAAAUACUGCAGAAGAAAAUGGAAGCAAGGCAAAGAAAGCUAGGACAGGAACUGAAAAUGAAGAUGAAGGCUGGGUGGAAUAUGACAAUGAAUCUUUGUUAGUAUUUAAUAAGAAUAUGGAAGGUAGAGCUAAGAUUGCUGGCUAUGAUAUGGAUGGUACACUGAUCACAACACAGUCAGGCAAAGUGUUUGCUGUCAACUAUGAUGACUGGAAGAUUAUUUACAGUGAAGUUCCAGGCAAACUUAAACAGCUGCAUGAAGAUGGAUACAAAUUAGUCAUCUUUACUAAUCAGGCAGGCAUUGCUGCUGGAAAGCACACAGUUGCAGGAGUGCAGAAAAAGAUCAGCAACAUCAUCAGUAAGUUUGGAGUGCCUUUCCAAGUAUUUGUGUCAACGGGGAAAGGAAAUUACAGGAAGCCUGCUUUAGGCAUGUGGAAUUUUUUAAAAAACGAGGCAAAUGGAGGUGUGGAUAUUGACAUGAAAGAGAGUAUGUUCAUAGGUGAUGCUGCUGGCAGACCUGCAGAAGGAAAGAAAAAAAAAGAUUUCUCCUUUUCGGAUCGCCUUUUUGCUCUCAACAUGGGCAUACAAUUUUUCACUCCUGAGGAGCACUUCUUGGGAGUUAAAACUCAGAAAUACAACAUGCCAGAGUUUGAUCCUCGUGCUGUGGAUGAGUCAGUUUCAUUAUUUGAUCCACCAUCUACAAAAGUUCCUAAGCAUAAUCUUGAGGUUAUCAUAUUUGUGGGAUAUCCUGGCUCAGGCAAGAGUUUCCUCUCAACAAAACAUUUUGCUCCUCUAGGAUAUGUACAAGCCAAUCGUGACAGUUUAGGAUCUUGGCAAAAAUGCCUUUCUGUCAUGGAAACAUCUCUUCAGGAUGGAAAUAAUGUGGUAAUUGACAACACCAACCCAGAUGUUGAAUCUCGCAAGAGAUAUAUUGACGUAGCUAAAAAAAUGAAUGUUCCAGUGAGAUGUUUUGUCUUUAAUGUAUCAAAAGAUCAUUGCAGACAUAACAAUAAGUUCCGGGAAUUGUCGGGAGCUAACCACAGCAAAGUGAGUGACAUGAUCUACAACAUGUACAAAUCGAAGUUUGAAGAACCUACUCUGAAGGAAGGUUUUGAUGACAUUGUGAAAGUCAAUUUUGUUCCAAAUUUCAGGGCAUCCAAAGAAAAGGAGCUGUAUAGAAUGUUUUUAUUGGAAAAAUAACUACAUAUAUACUGCCUGAACAGACAGAUGGCUCACGUGCUUUGAUUUUGUUAUGAAUUGAGCAAAUUUUUAUUUAUUUUUUUUGCAGUCUGACUCCCUUAAGCUGUAAAAACAAAGAAAAGAAAUUCUUUUAAUGGAAGACAUAACAUUACAAUACAAAAGCAAAGCAAUAAGCCAUCGUGUAUGAAAAUUUGCAGUAUUUUGUGCCUUUUGACAAUAAUGCACACUGUGUUUUUAAAUCUACAAAGACCAAGUCACCUUAAAUAAGUUACAAAUAUGAAAAUAUUUGUUUAUUUUAUGCCUCUAUUGAGCAAUGCACACUCCCUAAGGUAUCACUUAGUGACACCUUGAACAGUUUGUAACAAUUCAUAAAUAAUUUUACAAACUGAGGUCAACCCAAAGCUACAUAUGUAUUACAAAGUAUAAGCUUAACAAUUUGACUGAUGAGAUCAUGUGAUGCUGGGGUGUUACAGCUGAACUAAAUUUAAACUAUUAGGCUGUUACCCCUGCCCUCCUGCCCCCCCAAAAAAGGAGUUGCCUUAAAUAAAGCUUAAAUAUCAAUAAAGUUUGAGCAAGAGUACAAUAAAUUAACUACAUAAUAUUCGUUGGUUUGAAAGUAUGAUAAUUUAUGCAUGUAGAAGAUUGUCAUUGUAGAUACAGUUGUCAUUUAUUAUAAUGAAUUUUCUGCCAAAAAACUGAACUUGAACCUUGCCAACUGUUAGAUGCACCAUCACCCAUAUAGUUAACAAUUUUAUUUUGUAUGAAAUUUAUUACUGUACAAUAAAAUUCAAGUUCAAGAUGUUCUAGACUAGAGAAUGUUGAAUUAUUUAAAAAUCCUAAAGGUAUCAUAUCGUAUCUCAACAAAUCAAAGAAAAAAGUACUAUAUUACAAUUCAAGAAUGAUUACUUAUGUGCAUAACUAUUACCCCUUUAUAAAUAUAUUUAAAAUAAAGUACAGCAUAAAAGGAAGGCUACAUUCUGCAAAAUGUUUAAUGUAAAAUAUUAAUGCCAAAGCCUAUCUUCAAACUACUUUUCAUCUCUUCAAAAUAUAUGUAUAUAUAAAAAUAAUAAAUGCUAGUUAUUUCAUUCAGUAAGGUACUUUAACCUGUCUAAAUUUUAUUAGACAUACUUCAUACUCCAUUAUUAUACCAACAAAAAAGUGCUAAACCCAUCUUUGUAUUACAAUAUUAUCACAAAAAAAAGAGAAAUCAAAAUAUUAUAUUCAAAACAAUUACCAAAUCAUAGAAAUAUUGCCUGGAAGACAAAAGGUGUAAAUAUUGUAUCUGAAAAUGGAAAACUUUUAUAAAUGAAAUAUAUCAAAAGAUACUAAUCACCAUUAUUAUUAUUAUAUUAAAAAACAUGCACUAACUCACAUAAAUCAUACUGUGAAAAAAGAAAAUCUACUAUAUUUAAUAGUCUUUUAGGGAAGCGCUAAAUCUGUAGGGGUGCCCAUGGAAUUGAAUCUAACAACAUUGGAGGACAGAACUGGGGAAGACACACUGUACAAAGUAGAGGAACUG